AGUUCGUGUCCGAUGCUGGAGCGAUUCGGUCGCGUUUUCUAAAAUCGCUUUUCCUCCGACCUGUGGUUGAGUGUGAUAGACACUCUUUUUUAUAUACUAUUUCACUAUCAUUGCUCUCGUGCUGUGCUUUUUACUUUAUGUGUGCUGAUCCCUUCUGUUAUCAGUGAAAAUAUCUUCACCGCAGUGUUUGUGUGUAUUCUGGAGUCGGGCAGCGCUCCUUUAUCAAUAAGUGCUGUCCUUUAUUUUUUACGUGUUUGUUUCAUUCAAGACUCAUCUGUUUUGUAAUCAAAGUUAUGAGUUGGGUAUUCCAUGCUUAAGUGAGCAGUGUUCGCAGUUACAACAUACGAAAAGUGAACACUUAAAUAGUCUAUUGUUCUUCGCGAAAUCAUCCCUUAUCCAGUGUGGCAAUCGUACGGCGCGUUCUAGGGGAAAAGUAUGUGAGAAUAGCUCAAACCGACAAAAUUGAAAUGGAAAUCCUCGACGGGACCUUCUCACACAAGAACGCAGACGAAGAAUGUGUCGGAAUAUAAUGAUGAAUAUUCGAACAAAACGAGACUGGGAUAAGUUUGAUCUUCACGGCUUGCCGAGCAGGUUACAGUUAAGGAAAGUGUAUGAAAAACUCUAGCGUAAAUAACGGCUUCAUUCUUGAAAUGCAAAUCGCAUUUUCCUCUAGACCACUUAUAUUUAACGCUUAUUGUUUCGGAUAAUUUCGGAUAGAAUAUAUCAAAAAGCAUGUAACACAUAUUAUCAAAACAUCAGAAUGUGUUUUAUGUCCUCGAAUUUGUGCUUGCAGUGAUUGAAAAUGCAACCAAGUGUUAAACGAAACACAGUGAAAUGGUGGCCAAGUUAAAAUCGGCAAGUGAAGAAAUCUGAAACUAAUGGUGAUGUAUUAUGUUCACUUCGACUGAUGUGAUACUUUAUGUGACGAAGCAGAAUUAUAACAUUGACAAUCGUGAUGAAAUUUGACGGUAAUGACGAAAAGUAUAGCAUGAAUGUGAGCAAAUCUCCGUUGAUGGUUUAACGCUAGCGAAAGAUAAUAAGAAACCAGAUGUAGAAACGAGCCAACAGAAUGGAUCCAAAGCAACUGAAUUCUGCUGCCUCGGUCUUGUGCUUGGCUGCCCGGAGAACGUGGUACCGCAAAGGAAGGGCGCAGCAUUAUCUUUCGCGGGGGAUUUUUCCAAAGCUUCUGGCAUUGAUGCCCCUAAUCCUCGUUCCUGCUUGUCUAUGCUUGCAAUUGAACGAAACGCUAAUUACGCAGAAACAUCAACAUCAUCAUCGGUACACGAUCGAUGAUUUAUUUUCCAUGAAAUUCUCGUCGAAAAUCUCUGAUGAUAUAGAUAUGGAUCCCUGUAAAUCAAGUGGAUUUCUGGGCGAUAUUGCACUGCCAAAUCUAAACUACGAAACAGAAUGGCAAAAACAAAGACUGAACAAAUCGUUUCAACAGGAGUUAGAGAAGCUCAAACAAGAAGUUUACCACGAGGGUCUGCAGGUUGAAGAAGAAGGGUUAACAGAUAUAGUGAGAAAGAAAACCAAACAAGUGACGCCUGAACUGGCUACCAGAGCAAGUAUUACUAACAAUCGCAAUAGAAACCUCAACGAUCCAUCCGUUGAUGUUUCCGAGUCGCAUCCUGUCGAUCAUAAAUCACUCAACCGAAACUCUGCACCCAACGAGGACGACAAAAAUGCUAUAAUUGACAGUUACUACGAUGAAUCGCAGAUAAAAGCGACAAUCAUUGACAACAACGAUAACAUCAUUGCUAGAAACACGGAUACUAAUCAAGCUGAGCAUAAAGAGAAAACACAAUCACUACCAGAUAACGAGAAUCUGAAUUCCACCCACUCCCCCACGUCAUCGGGCAAUGUCAUCCUGAAAGGGAGCAACGAUUCAAAGACCGCGAAAGGGAAGAACAAUGGCAAGACAAUGGAUGUUCGCAAUAUCGACCAUAAUCGUAUUCAGUCUGAUACAAAAGAUAUCGUUAUUAACGAUUCGAGUGAUAACAUUGUCAGCAAUAGCCAUUUGAGUAGAAGGAUUGCUUUGACGGCGAUUCCAACACCUACAGUAUCUUCGAAAGCCGCUCCAGUGAAUCAUACCAGCCGAUUUGAUGAAUCUCACCGUAAUGGGAAAACUUCGAAUGAUACACUUAACGGAGAUGUUACCAUUAAUAACCACAAGCGUCAUCGACGAAGACGCAGACAGGGCCAUAAAAAUAAUGGCACUUUGGAUCAAAUGCGAAAAUCGAUACGAAAAUCAGCAGAUGCUAAUUCAGACACAUAUAGAACCAAAUUAGAUCGAUUGAAAAAUGAACUUAGUCACUCUACGCUUUCCAUCGACGACCCCAAUCUGGAGCAUUUAAAAAAGGUAAACGUCCAUAGCAAAAAAAUGCGAAAGGCAAAGACAGCCGCCCCAACCAAAAGUAAACCAACAAGUGGGGGAGUGUACAAUAAGUCAUGGAGAAGCGUUUCGCGGGUACACAGGGAUCGCCAUAAGCAAAUGGGGAAAACAACAGACAGAAUUGACAGAAAAAUGGCUAGCAUUGAAAAUAGCAAACAGGAACCAGCCCGCACCCCAGACGACAUCCUCAUGCAACACAAAACGCCAGACAAGGGAAGUGCCAGAGGAAACAUUUUCACAACAGAUGCAGAUGAAAAAGUCGUUGAGUCGUCGUUUCUGGCGGCACGUCUGAUAACUGACACUAACCUUGACGAGCGGAUGCAGUUUUCGCUACCUGUUGAUCCUGCAAGGAACUUCAAUAAUGCGGACCACCAUCGCGUUACACGUGCCGCCACCGCAAAGAAAGAGCGUAUCUGGGAUUUUGGCGUCAUCCCCUAUGAAAUCGAUGGCAAUUUCAGCGGAUUGCACAAGGCCCUCUUCAAGCAAGCAAUGCGUCACUGGGAGAACUACACUUGCAUAAAAUUCGUCGAGCGUAAUCCCAUCGACCACCCCAACUACAUCGUGUUUACGGAACGCCAAUGCGGCUGUUGCUCGUUUGUGGGGAAGCGUGGCAAUGGACCACAGGCGAUCUCGAUUGGAAAGAACUGUGACAAGUUUGGGAUUGUCGUGCACGAAUUAGGUCAUGUUGUUGGCUUCUGGCACGAGCAUACCCGACCGGAUCGCGAAAAUCACGUAGUAAUCGAGAAAAACAACAUAAUGAUGGGUCAGGAGUACAACUUCAACAAGUUAACCGAGGACGAAGUGAAUUCGUUAGGUUUGCCCUACGACUACGACUCGAUUAUGCACUACGCGCGUAACACUUUUUCGAAGGGAACUUAUCUGGACACAAUAUUCCCCAUCGAAAUGCCAGGCCGCAAACGUCCCGAAAUUGGUCAACGAUUACGACUCAGCGAGGGAGACAUUGCACAGGCAAACCUGCUCUACAAAUGCGCCAAAUGCGGUCGCACGUUUCAGGAAAAUUCAGCAUCAUUCACCUCCCCCAGCUACUAUUUCUCCGCGCCGCCCAGCGAACCGGAAAGAUGCGAGUGGAGAAUAACUGCAACGCACGGAGAGCGAAUUGUGCUCAACAUUACCGAUCUGGAUAUUUUCAAGUCAAACAAUUGUCGCUCGGAUUUUCUGGAGAUUCGCGAUGGAUAUUGGCACAAAUCACAGAUCCUCGGGAAAUUCUGCGGAUCGGGCAAAGUAAACGAUUUAAUCAAAUCAACAGGCAGUCGUAUGCUGCUCACCUACACGACAACGUUUCGCCAGGCCAAUAUGCGAGGAUUUGCUGCUAGUUAUGAGGCGGUUUGUGGCGGCAAUGUUAAUUUGGAAAGUGGCGGACGCUUGGAAUCGCCUAAUUAUCCUAUGGAUUAUUUGCCGAACAAGGAGUGUAUUUGGAAAAUCAGUGUUCCCAAGGACUAUCAAGUGGCUUUGAAAUUUCAAUCGUUCGAAGUGGAAAAUCACGAUAAUUGUGUGUACGAUUACGUCGAAGUUCGUGAUGGCGACUCGGCUGAUUCACGACUAAUUGGUGUUUUUUGCGGCUACAAAAGCCCACCAGAUAUGAGAUCAACUACAAACAAAAUGUUUGUAAAAUUUGUAUCUGAUGGGUCGGUACAGAAAGCAGGUUUCUCUGCCACUUUCAUGAAGGAAGUGGACGAAUGUGAAAGAAUGGACCAUGGUUGUGAGCACGAGUGCAUCAACACGCUAGGAGGAUAUGAAUGCGCCUGCUACACGGGAUACGAACUGCACAGCGAUAAAAAAUCGUGCGAGAAUGCCUGUGGCGGAAGUUUAUCGCAACCAAAUGGAACUAUAUUGUCCCCUUCCUUCCCAAACGAGUAUCCGAUUAUGAAAAAAUGCCAAUGGGAGAUAACUGCACCAGCACAACACAAGAUUACUCUGAAUUUUACACAUUUUGAACUGGAGGGCAAUACAUUCUAUCAGGCAUCCGAGUGUGAGUAUGAUUCGGUAACGAUUUACUCGAAGUUGAGUGAAGAUAAUCUGAAACGACAUGGUGUAUUUUGUGGGACGAAAAUUCCACCCUCAAUAACAUCCGAAAGUAACAUAUUGCUGGUGGAAUUUAAAUCAGACAAGACCAUCCAGAAGUCCGGGUUCGCUGCUGUCUAUUCAACCGACGUGGAUGAAUGUGCAAUGAAUAACGGAGGCUGCCAACAUGAAUGCAAAAACACUCUCGGGUCGUACACUUGUUCAUGCCAUAAUGGGUACACUUUGCAGGAUAAUGGCCAUGAUUGCAAAGAAGGAGGCUGUAAAUACGAGGUCACUUCCUCAAACGGUCAGAUCUUUAGUCCGAACUACCCUGAUUACUAUCCACCCAAGAAAGACUGUAUUUGGCACUUUACGACAACACCAGGACAUCGAAUUCGACUGGUGUUCAAUGUCUUUGACAUAGAGCCACAUCAAGAAUGUGCCUACGAUCAUAUUGUCGUUUAUGAUGGCGAUUCAACGGAGAGCUUCGCUCUAGGAAGAUUUUGUGGGGGAAAACUUCCGCAUCCCCUCUCAUCUACGUCCAACGAAAUGUACAUGGUAUUCAAUACCGAUACAAGUGUUCAACGGAAAGGCUUUUUCGCUAGCCACUCAACGGCUUGUGGCGGUCAUUUGAGGGCAACAAACAAGGUCAAGCAUAUAUACUCUCAUGCGAAAUAUGGCGCUGGAAUGUACGAUAAUGGCGCCGAUUGUGAGUGGUCCAUCGAAGCAGAUCGUGACAAAAACGUGCAACUGAAAUUCCUUACCUUCGACGUCGAGGAAGAACGGAUGUGUUCGUAUGAUUAUGUUGAGGUAUACGGUGGUUUGGAUGACGCCAGUGGACCUUUACAUGGCAAAUAUUGUGGAAAUAGUAACCCACCAGAAAUCAUAUCAAUGGACGAAGCACUGUUGGUCCGAUUCCGCUCAGAUGACACAGUAGGCUUCAAGGGUUUCUCCGCAUCGUAUGUCGCGAUAAGCCCUUUUGGGAACGGCCAAUCGACAGACGAGGAGCUGUCGGAGAGCGCCGAAAUCACGCCCUUUCCGGGAUCGCUCAAAAACACCGUCAUCAAGCCGGACGAAGACGUGGACGAGGACGAAGACGAAGACUACGAAAUAUUCGUCCACCAUCGGCAUCUAAAUCCGAAAGUGCACUUUUCGGUACGCAAUGAGAUACGGUCAUCUCAGACGAUUGACUGAAAUAGGGGGAAGCGCAUCGGUAUCCGCCGCAGGGUUAACUAGUAUGCGUAACGUGUUCUCUACGUAGGGUCGCUAGUGAUUUUGUGUCAGUGCGAAAAGUGAAAACAAUUCGUGAUGUAUGUAAAAUGGUAGGUUCAAAAAUUCGCUACAGAAGUCCAGUAACACAAAAUAGCCGCAUUACCACCUUAGUCAUAAACAAAAACUAUUGAUUAUGGGAAUCGAUCUCCUCUAUCAUUGAUUAGCGUAAGGAUUUUACAGUUUUCAAGAAUCGCAAAUUCUUCACUUACAGGUUCAAUUGAAAUUGUAAGCUAUGACAUGCGAUAAUCAAUGAAAAUGUAUAUUAUUUGAACGUAUAAAUCAUACAGAAUCAUUGAAUACAUGGAACAAUUGUAGAUAUGGCUGGUUGAAUACUAUUGAUAUAUAGCUUGGUUAGCUUCAUUUGACCAAUAUGAAUAGAAAAAUCAAAUCCUCCUCGCUAAUCAGUGCUAACGAUUUUCAUGAACAGCAGUGUGUUGUUUUUCCAACCGAGUUCACUGUCGCUUUUUGCACUGACAUAAAAACGAAAUACCUCUGGCAUUCCAAUUAUGUCAUUUCUCAUCAUGAACAUUUUUAAAUCUUUAUUGAAUCGGUAGCAUUCCAUGUUUUCAAAUAACAUAUAGUUUGGUUCACCCAGUGAAAUGUAAAAAAAUCAGCAAUUAGAUGAAUAAUAUUAUUUGAAAGUGUUUACCCAAUCCAUCAACCAAUGUCUAAUUUAAUCGCUAGUUCUGAUUGUGUAAAAAUACUGAAAAACAUCAUAGUUCUCUUAUUUAUAGACCCAAAUGUUGCAUUCUCCUUCUAUUAUUGUAAUGAGAACCGGUGGGUGUGAUGUUAUGCUGAAUGUCUGUCAAACGAAUAAACCUAUCAAACUUCUGAGCUAAAAAUUUGGAAGACGUAAUAAAUUAAAGAUUCCGAUGGAUGAAGUACUAAAUUUGAUUAUCUAUGAAUUUUCGGUUUAUCCUAGUUUCAACCAAACAGAAACAAAACUAUGCUAUUGUUUUAAUUUAGAUCGUAAACGAUAACAAUAAUAGAGAAUGACUUGCCAUAGUAGAUAUAUUUACAAUUUACAAAUAUAAAAUAUAUUCAUCUUCAUGUUAUUUCUACCUUUGAAAAUUCCCACAGUUCGGAUCGCAAUUGUACUUCUCGAGUGUAGUGAAAAAUUAAAAAAAAAAGAAUAGACACCAAACACAUCCCAUCUGAAUUCAUAUCGAUUUCAUUCCUUGCAUCAUAUCGAGUGGAAAAAAAACCUAGUUCAUAGAAUUGUAUGCUGGUGGAAGAAACAACGAAGUAACUUCCCCUAAGACGCCAAAUCAUAAUCAUGUCUAUGAAUGUCAACGAAAACCAAACCAAUUCAAUCGGACUCAUCAGAAUAGUUUUUAAAUAGAGUUAGGAGUUCGUAUGUAAGUGUGAAUAAUAAAACUAAAAAUAAGCGUGUACGUUUGAACAAUAAUUAUUUUAUAAUUCACGAUAAAAACAUAUGAAUUUGUAGAACCUCAUGAGUGUAGUUCAAUAAAUCAGGUAGGAAAAAG